AGAAGCAGUCCUCAUUCAUGGAUUCAGUCUUCCUUUCCUCUCUUAUAUUACAACAGACGAAGAGAGAUUGCAGCAACCGACUUCCUAUUCCUUCUUCUCCUUUACUUACAUCGAACGAAGAAAGAAUACAGCAGCCAAAAUUCUAAUCCUUUCUUCUCUUUUACUUUCUCAGUUGAUAUAUAUAUGGAGAAAUGUGGAGGAGGAAACAGCGGGGGGUCUAUUUUAGACUUAAACAGCCCGUUAGAGGAGGUAAUAGACUUGCCGUCUGAUGAUGGUCGGAGAGUUGUGGAGGAGAUGGACUUCUUCGAGAAGGAGAAGAGCAGGGCAAGGAAUGAACAAGAAGACAAUGCAUCAAAUCUUAGCAUCGUCGGGGAGGACGUUACCAUCAAUACGGCGCUUCAACUUUAUUCCGUGACAGAGCAGUCGAUUGUGGAUGUCGGGAUACCGACGACAGAGCAGAACAAUGUUGAUGAAGAGAGCGAGAUGGCAGCAAUGAAAGCCGAAAUAGAGCGAAAGCAGAAAGAAAAUCAGAGGCUUGCUAACAUUUUUUCCCAACUGAAAAGCAAAUACAAUUCUCUUCAAAAGCAAUUCAUUGCCGCGAAAUAUGAAUAUGACAAUAGAAAUGGAAGCAACCUGGAGCACAGGGUCAUGAUUGACUCGAUAAAUCAAGAGGAAAGAGAAACAAUUGUGGCUAGGCCGUUCAUAGACCUUGGCCUUAGGUUAAUGGCGCCUGCGGAGGAGGUGAAUAGAGAUUCCUCGAAUGAGAGCGUAGGCUUUAAGCGGCCGAUAUCGCCGGCGAGCAACCUCAAAGAAGAAGCUGAUCAGGACUCUGUUCUGAAGAAGGCUCGUUAUACCGAUCAUGGUGGAAAUGAGAGAUGCGUUGGCACAAGCGGUGGAGAAAUGAUUUCAGAAUUGAGUCCUGGCGGAAAUUGGCGCCCAAAAGUAGAUGCCAAGCUGUCUUCGGCAAUGCAAGUGCAAGAGGCUACCAUGAGGAAAACUCGCGUUGCUGUUCGAGCCCGCUGUGAGGCCGCCGUGAUGAGGGACGGAUGUCAGUGGAGGAAAUAUGGGCAGAAGAUGUCCAAAGGAAGUCCUUGUCCUCGAGCAUAUUACAGGUGUACCAUGACUGGAGGCUGCCCUGUUCGUAAACAAGUCCAGCGAUGCGCCGAAGACAGCACGAUUCUGAUAACCACAUACGAAGGUGAACACAACCACCCUCUCCCGCCGGCGGCCAUGGCAACGGCCUCCACCACCUCCGCCGCCGCCUCGAUGCUCCUUUCCGGUUCUAUGCCGAUCCCUGAUGCCGCCAUCGUCAAUCCCAACUUGCAAGUUCGCCCCAUUGCUCCCUUCCCCAUCAGCCUCGCCACCAUCUCCGCUUCCGCCCCUUUCCCCACCAUCACCCUCGAUCUCACCCACGAACCCACCACCCAUCUUCAGUGCAAUGAACCCCAAUCUUCUCUAUUCCACAUUCCUCAAAGCAUUACCCAAUCGCCCUGCACCAAGUCCAAGUUCUCAGGGCCGCAUAUGUCUGUUGGCUCCUCAGGGGAGCAGAAACUGCUUGCCGAUAAGGUAAAUGCGGCGACGGCGGCGAUUAUGGCGCAUCCUAAUUUUGCGGCGGCGUUGGAGGCGGUUGUUAGGUCUACUAUUGAAGUUGGAGAUGACGUGGGCGCUCAUCCGUCGCCGGCGGGAGGGCUCUGACUUUGACUUGUGACUGUUG